UUUAUUCAGGGCUGACGGCAACAUGUUAUUCGGGCAAAGAAGUUUGCAAUGCUUCGUAUUCUGCAUAUUAUUGCUAACUUUAUUAAAAGGGUUUGCUUUAGGACACAGUCUAUAUGACGACGAUGUAUACGAUGAUUAUUCAAAUGGAAACUUUAACGUUAUGAAUCAUGUUGAAUAUGAUCCUUUAGAACAAUAUAACUCAGAAAGAACCUAUAAAACUCAGCCUGAGAGCCAGUUCGAACCGCGUCCAAAUUUUGAAAUACAGCUAAAAUCAGAAGAUAACUCCAAACCUCAAGAGAAUAUAUAUGAAAUCCAUAGUGGCGUAGUUCUGCCACAAUAUAAUUAUAAUGAAUCCAUAGAAAAAAAUUAUGAACCAGAAGAAGAACACCAAUAUGAAAGUCAAAAUGAGCUUGAUAGCCAGAGUGAUAGCCACGAGCAUUCAAUUGAAGAAAAUCGCUACAUAUCCGAUAAUAAUCAUUCUGAUGUGAAGGACAGAAACUUUGAGAAUUUUGAGCAAAAUAAUUCUGAACAAGAUAAUUAUUAUACGCCCCAGGAAAAUUAUUUCUCACCAGAAAAUAUGCCCCCAAUAUACCAACCGCUGCUACCUCAAUCCCAAGCAGAAUUCCAAAACUCUGCUAUAAUAGCCGUGCCACGUUUAAGUGAGGUUCGCGGUAUUUAUGCAUAUAAAAUGAUUAAAGGCCGACCUAUUAAUGCAUAUUUUGGCCUACGAUAUGGCUCGGUGAACUCAAAAUUAGGAAGAUUUCAAAAAGCAUCGCCCCCAGAAAACCUUCUAAAUAUAAUUAACGCCAGAGAGGAACCUCCCGCUUGUCCACAAUUUCCUGAAAUCGCAAUCAUUAAUGAUCGAGAGAAACGAGGUGAAAAAAUCGAUGAUUGCCUAACAUUGAAUAUUUACUCUCCUUCGCAAAAGGGUUCAUAUCCGGUCUUGGUAUUCGUACAUGGAGAAAUGUUAUUUGACGGAAGCGCGGCCGAAGGACAACCUGAUUACUUUUUGGAACAUGAUAUUGUAUUAGUUACAAUUAACUAUCGUUUAGCACCCUUCGGUUAUUUAACUACACUGACGGAAGCGAUGCCCGGCAACGUUGCUUUGGCCGACAUACAAAUGGCUUUAGAAUGGAUACAAGAGUAUAUUAGACCUUUCAACGGUAAUCCCGAUUCAGUGACUCUAAUGGGCCAAGCUGGUGGAGCUACUUUAAUACACGCUCUCAGUAUUAGCGGCAAGGCUCAAGGCUUAUUCCAUAAAUUAAUAUUGCAAUCUGGCACUGCUCUGAAUCCUUAUUUUUUGGAUGAACAACCGUUAAACACUUUGCGAAAUUUUGCUCAUUAUGCACGCUGCUCAACUUUACAUACCAUAGAAAGCUUUGUCAGUUGUUUCGAACAUAUGAGCACUACCGAUUUGCUCAAAGUAUUUAAAACAUUCUUUGAGAUUAAUGAACCUCGAGGCUUAGCCUUCAAUAGUGCCUUCAAGCUUGUAAUCGGUGAUCACUUAGGUUAUCUACCACAACAUCCUGCGACACUGGUAAGCAACAAUGCAUAUCCUACAUUAAUUGGUGUUACUAAAGAUGCAGGUGCUUUUAUAAUGUCUCGAUUUUACAAUCAACUAUCUGUUGUACAUUCAGCAAACAUUUCGGAUUACACUACUGCGGUUCUGAAACAUAUUACACAAACCCGUCAUUAUCGGAUUUGGAGGUAUUGGGCACUGGAGCACAUUUUUACUUCAGAAGAUAUGCGCAAUCCCACAUUGAGCAGUGUAGCUCAUAAAUUACUAGAGCUAGUAAACUUGGUUUUAUAUCGUGGCCCUGUUAUUGACAGCAUACGCGAUAUCACAAAAAACUAUCCAAUAUAUAUGUAUUGUUUUGACUAUCGUGGUGAAUAUCAUCGUUUUGGUCAUCUGCGAAAUCCUUUACCUUUUGAAGUAGACGCCACUCUUAGCGAUGAUAACAUUUUCCUAUUUCCUUAUCCUAUUGAGGUUAGUCAACUUAAUGAAAAAGACAGGACUAUGGCCCGCACUAUGGUUACGAUGUGGGUUAAUUUCGCUUAUCACAAUAUACCCAAUUUUAAUGAGGGAGUAUGGCCUAAUAUUUCUACGGAAUAUGGCCCGUUCUUGCGUUUCACCAACUCUAAAGAAAUCGGACUGGAACUUGACUAUCAUUUUGCAGAGGGCAUACCCGUACCAAAUUUGUAUCCGGAAUAUUUCACUAACACAACAACCACAACAACUAGUGCCACUACAACUACUAAAAAGCUCAACUAUCCUAAUUAUUCACAGCAUCCCAAUUAUCCCCUAUAUCCGAAUUAUCUCUAUAACCACCGCUCGCAGUCACUGUUAAGUCAUUACAAGGCACAUGAACAUGUCUUGCAGGACCAAAGUUAUGAAACUCAUGCCGGAAAUAAAAUGAGAACAAAUAAUUACCCUCAAAACUCUACGUACGUUCAAAGCCGUAUGUCACCCAAUUUUAGUAAUGGUUAUGGUAAUCAUUGAACGCAUCGUUAAUAAACUUCUGAGUUUAUAAAUCAGUAAAUUAAAGCAAAUCGACCGAACGGCAUACAAACCAGAACACGUUGCUGUAACCAUCUAUUUAUAGUUUAAUGUGUGCGUUUAAAAAUGUUAGAAAUAAAAUUAUUCUUUUUCAAAUAAAUAACGCU